GGGGUUAUAGGGAGGUGAGUGGUGGGACUCUGAUUGGCAUUGCGCAUGGCAUCCUCAGCUGCACUUUGUGGAUUUCAGUUCCCCGCGUUUCACCGCUAUCAACUGAAAGUCAGAAAGGGGAGGCGGGCUUUUCCCACUAAGAUUAGGGGCGUGGUGUGUGCAGCAGAGUCUGAAUUGUGGAAAAGAGAGGAGGAGCGUUGGGUGGGAGAAGAGCAGCGCUGGUUGAGAGAGGAAGCAAGGUGGUUCAGAGAAGAAGCUCGCUGGCGUGCUCAGGUCCAUGUUCUUCAAUCUCAAAUCUCCUCUCUCACCCUACAACUACAACUACUACAACAUUUCCCUCUCACAUCCCCACACUUUAAUGCAAGUGGGGUGGAUUUGCAAGAUCAAAUUUCGUCCUCAUCCGAUUUACAAGCGAAAAUUUCUUCCCACUCCGAUUUACAAGAUCAAAUUUCCUUCCCCGCCUCCACCAUCACCACCACUAGCCUCAGCAACAUCAACAUCAACAAAAAUAAGAAGAGAAACACCCUUAAAUUGGGCUCCCGAGGAGAAGCUGUGAAAGAGAUGCAGGAAGCAUUACAAAGGUUGGGUUUCUAUUCGGGAGAGGAUGAUAUGGAAUCUUCCAGCUUUGAUGGAGGCACUCAAAGAGCUGUUAAGUCAUGGCAAGCAACCCUAGGGAUCGUAGAGGACGGAACAAUGACGGCAGAACUCUUGGCAAAAUUGCUAGGGGACGAAAUGCUGGAUACUGAGUUAGAGGAAGAAUUGACUAAUGGUGCUUCUCUUCCAUUGCCAGGGAAGUUGAAGAUGGCACAGGAAAAGAUAAAUGGCUCUGUUCAAAAACCAAUUGCAAAGAUCGAACAGGCCAUAAUAAGUAAAGCAGGAGGAGUUGAAAUAUCUGAAAAACGAGUGUAUCUCCUGGGAGAAAACAGGUGGGAAGAACCUCAGAGGCUUAAAAGCAAACAAAAUGGUGGUGGCACCAAAGUUGGGACAAGUGCAAGGUGUUUUAGUUGUCGAGGGGAAGGCAAAAUGCUGUGUACAGAAUGUGAAGGCACUGGCGAAAUGAAUGUCGAAGAGCAGUUCUUGGAAUGGAUAGAAGAAGCCAAAUGCCCUUAUUGUGAGCGUUCAGGAUAUACUCCUUGUGAUGUGUGUGAAGGAAAAGGUGGAAAAGUUUAACAAAGAUAGCAGAUUUUGGCUAAUAUCUAUUGUUAAUUUGUUAUUGUGAAUUGUUUUAAUUUAUGUAAAUAAAUUUAUUUAUAUGCAGUUUUCUAAUAAGAAAAUGUAGAUCAUGUGUAAGCAUGUGAAAGUUUGUAGUCAAUAUAAUAAAAAAUGCUUUGAAAAAUAUGUUCUCAUGACAUCAAAAUUGAAUUGUAUAACUAUGAUACUACAUAAGUGUACUUGUUUUUGUUA